AUGAGUGGAAAUCGGUUAUAUCGGGUGCUUAGGGACGACGAAUACCCUUCACAGAAUGGUAUUUCAGCCAAAGAUCCGUCCGCUCAAAAGGACUUAGAGGAACACGUGGAUGGAGGAAGUUACUCGAUGUCCCAGUUCAUAUCGUGUUCUAACUCUCUGUCGGCGGCAAAGUUGUUUGGAUCCAAAAAAUACGGUGGUGGACCUUAUCGCAUCGCUGUUCUUGAUAGGGAUGCGAUUGCGAACGAUAGGAGGAUACAAGUGUUUGAUAUAUCUAAUGGUGGAGGUUUCUCUACGGAAAGAGCAAUAAAUUUCGCCAGAAAAUUCCAAGAAGUUGUCCUGGUGGGAUACAUACCGAAAAAAUACGUUUUGGAAGUUAAAUAA